GUCAUCCCAAGCCUCUUCGGCGGGACUGUGAUGGCUGGAGAGAUGACGAUCUUAGGAUCAGCUGUUUUGACUCUCCUGUUGGCUGGCUAUUUGGCACAACAGUAUUUACCAUUACCUACUCCUAAAGUGAUUGGUAUUGAUCUUGGCACCACCUACUGUUCAGUUGGGGUAUUUUUUCCUGGCACUGGAAAAGUAAAGGUCAUUCCAGAUGAAAAUGGGCAUAUCAGCAUACCCAGCAUGGUGUCCUUUACUGACGACGAUGUUUAUGUGGGGUAUGAAAGCUUAGAACUGGCAGAUUCAAAUCCUCAGAACACAAUAUAUGAUGCUAAAAGAUUCAUAGGCAAGAUUUUUACCCCAGAAGAGCUAGAGGCCGAAAUUGGCAGAUACCCAUUUAAGGUUUUAAACAAAAAUGGUAUGGUUGAAUUUUCUGUGACAAGUAAUGAGACUAUCACCGUUACCCCAGAAUAUGUUGGCUCUAGACUAUUGUUGAAAUUAAAGGAAAUGGCAGAGGAAUAUCUUGGAAUGCCAGUUGCCAACGCUGUUAUUUCUGUACCAGCAGAAUUUGAUCUAAAACAGAGAAAUUCAACAAUUGAAGCUGCUAAUCUUGCAGGACUGAAGAUCUUAAGAGUAAUAAAUGAACCCACAGCAGCAGCUAUGGCCUAUGGUCUCCACAAAGCUGAUGUCUUUCACGUCUUGGUAAUAGAUUUGGGUGGAGGAACUCUCGAUGUCUCUCUACUGAAUAAACAAGGAGGAAUGUUUCUAACCCGAGCAAUGUCUGGAAACAAUAAACUUGGAGGACAAGAUUUCAAUCAAAGAUUGCUACAGUACUUAUAUAAACAGAUCUAUCAAACAUAUGGCUUCAUACCCUCUAGGAAAGAGGAAAUCCAUAGAUUAAGACAAGCUGUGGAAAUGGUCAAAUUAAAUCUGACUCUUCAUCAGACUGCUCAUAUGUCUGUAUUACUGACGGUGGAGGAAAAGGACAGGAGGGAACCUCAGAGUACUGACGCUGAACUGCCAAAGGACAGACUUUCCUCAGCAGACCGUCCCCAUAUGAACCGCGUAUUUGGAGCUACCCUUUCUGAAAAGAAAAAUGGAGAAAGUCAGGUUUUAUUUGAAACAGAAAUAUCACGGAAGCUCUUUGACACCCUUAAUGAAGAUCUUUUCCAGAAAAUACUUGUACCAAUUCAGCAAGUCUUAAAAGAAGGUCACUUGGAAAAGACUGAGAUUGAUGAGGUGGUUUUGGUUGGGGGCUCAACUCGUAUUCCUCGAAUCCGCCAAGUCAUUCAGGAGUUCUUUGGGAAGGAUCCCAACACGUCUGUAGACCCUGACCUGGCAGUGGUGACAGGAGUGGCUAUCCAAGCAGGGAUUGAUGGAGGCUCUUGGCCUCUCCAAGUCAGUGCUUUAGAAAUUCCCAAUAAGCAUUUACAAAAGACCAACUUCAACUGAAUUAUGGAGGGGUGAAUACAUGAGAUUUUGUCUGAUCUCUUCUCCUUUAUCAGACCACCUCCAUCGGCCAAAUAAAGUCGCUAAAAUAGCUCACAAAUUUACCUAAAAGGUAACAUUUAGAUAUAUGAAAUUUUAUGUAACAUUUUGUUUUAGUGUUGAAUGUUACCGGGUUGAUCCUUCUUGAUUUCAGAGAGAUCCCAUUCCAACAAAUACUUUUUAAAGCGAUAGAAUUGAGGUAAAACUCUGUUAUGGGAGCACAGAUGGCUAUAUUUUCUUAAUUCUGGAAGUAGAUAACCAUGUGCACUUAAACUUAUAUUCUGUAAACAUGCCUAGUGCCAUUACAGGAUUCCCAGCUCUUACUAAAUUGUAUUAGCAGGAGCUGGUACUUUAUUUACUUGGUUAUCACCUGUAACUCUUAAUUUGAACUAUACUUGAAGGACAGUGGUGAUGUCAGGUACUUACAUUGGCUGGGAGAUAAGCAGUAUUGUUAAUAAAAGCUGCAUAUACAAUAUCCAGUAACUGCCCUAUUUUGUAACAAAAGUACUUAAAUUCAGUAUCGCAUUAUGUGUCCUAUUCACAUAACCCCCAUUCUCCAGAUUUUUAAAAUAUUUUUAUUGGAUCAGUUCAUUUUCUUUCUAAAGUAGCUGUAGAUUUAUUAAAGUGUUUCAUUGCCAGAGAGUAGAAAUACCCAAUUUGUAUUUUAGUUCCUUCAUCUGCUGUGCCUCAUUCUCUGCUUGGAUCUCCGUGAUUCUGCCUGGUUAGAAAUUUAUAUAAUUGCAUUCUUAAAAUGUGUUGGUGUCACAGUAAACCUGUCAUUACUGUCUUUUUUUGUUGUUGUUAUUUAAGACCUUUAUAGACAUUGGUAAACAGCAGUAAUUAGGUACAAUAUUCAUUUAUUUUACAUUUUUGGUUUUGUUUCACGGUUUAUUUUCAGUAAUCCCUGGAGAAUUUAGCUUGCAGUCGAUUUUGUUUCACUGAGAUUUUUCUGCAUAUUUAGUUUUGAAUGCAGAAAAUUGUACUCAUUUGUUAAAACUUUGUUUACAUCAUUUAAAAAAUCAGACCUGGACUCCUUUUAGCCUUAAGGUUAAUCUGUGAUGAGAGCAAAAACUUGAUGAAUACUGUAAGUAAUAUGGAAAUCUAAUGUGGAAAGCAAUGUGAAAAAAUGACCACAAAUCAGCAUUUGUUGUAGUUUUGGUUUGUGUCCUUUUAGAAAAGCUAUAGGAACCAAGAAAGAAAAUACAACAGUUUUAUUUCUGUGAUGCCCCUAUUAUUUGAAGAUUUUUUUUUUCCCUAAUAGAGGCGAACUUCCUGUCAAUAUUCAAAAAUUAAACUCUGGUCAACAUUUUUGCUGAUAUGAAACAUGUCUGCUUUAUCCAUUGCUGAAUUUAAAAGGAUGUUGGGUUUCCAAUCACUGAAAAAGAGAAAUAAGCAAACUCUUUUCAGCAACAUCAUAACAUUUCAGCUUCUCAAAGUAAACAGCUGAGUGUUUUUUGCAAAAAAAAAAAGUUUCUUAGCAAUGAAAUUGUUUUAAAACAAUUUCAAUUAAAUACUUUUGUGUAUAGAAAUUGUCUGUAGUAGGUAGAUAGAAAAACAAAAUGUCUGUUUACGUGUUUUAUUUCAGAACUAAGGAGAAAUGCCAAAGAGGAAUCCUUCACUGCGAUAGGAGAAUAUUCAAGUGUUCUCUUGGACUGUAUAUAAAUCUUUAAUAAAUUUUAGAAUUGAUAAAUAUCUUUUUGCGGAGGUCUUUAAAAGUGUUCAGUUUAUCAGAAUCUCCACAUAUUAUCAGCUUUAACCUAAAGCAUUUUAAGAUUUUUUUUAAAAGCUUGAAUUUCUCCAGUGUAUGAGAUAGUUCAGGACAAUCUCUUAACACUUUUUAGAGGAAACAAUUUGCAAAAUAAGGGCAGCUAAUCUCAUACCCUAUAAUUGAAUUUAAAUAAUUUGAUUGUGUCCGAAAAAUAGAAAGGCAGUGUUGGACUUUGGGGACAAUAGUAGCAUAUUCUCUAGAGUGGUUAUACCUUUAAAAAAAUGAAGUAAUGUCUGUCUUCAUAUUUUAGGAGGUUAUAUAUAAAUAGUCUUGAAAUCAAUGUAGUUUAUUUAUUUAAAAGAUAAAAGUGUAUCCUGAAAGGGAUCAUUAAUGCAUAAUCUGAAGACAUUUUUCAUAAAACAAACUUAAUACAUUUUGGUUGUACAUCUUGCUAGUGUUUUUUGAAGUACAUAACUUAAAAUAUUAAUUGUCUUGUAUGAUUAGAAUAUGUGAAUGAGUAAUUUAUUUUGUGUCAGGAAUGUUUUGGUACUUACUGUGUUUUCACGGGAACCACUGAUGUAUCAGCAGAUAACUAUUGUGUUAUAUAACAUGUUCUGAAGAGCAUAGUUAUUGUGCAUAACAAAUUGUGCCUCUUAAGUGUAUACAGGUAAUUCACUUUUAAUGUAAAUAAAUACUACUUUGCAGUUUGUUUUUUAA